CUUUUUUCUCUAUCGUUGGCUCUGUCGCCCACUUGCUCAUUCAAAAUUCUGCCUGUUUCAUUUUUUUCUGAAGUCAAGAGUAAUAUAAUCAGCACAUCAGUGAGCUAUAAUGAAGCCGGUAAUUUCCCUGACCUGGUUGAGUCUAUUCCUCCUGAUCCCGUCUGCCUCCCAAGCCCAGCACAUCAUCCCAACAAAAGAAUCUUCUGGCAGCUCAGAAAAUGGUAGCAUCUCAACCAGUAAUCCACCCUCCACCAAUACCAACAGUUCAAUGACGACACAGAAACCAAUGAAAAUACAAGAAGCCACAAAUACUACAGCUGAUAUAGUCUUAGUAUCCAACUCUACCACUUCAGAAGCUAUGAAAGCCUCUGAGGCCCAGACCACAACAGAACACACUACCCAAAAGGCAGCUUAUCCCAACUCUCCCACAAGUCAGGCUAUUCCAAGACCUUCUGCCACCAAAAAAGCCUCUGACACCUUGCACAGGGGGGUGAAUGUUUCGACGGUGGUGAAGGUGCUGGUUAUUUUGGCUGUGUGCAUCCUGGUCGUGGUGUUUAUCGGCAGGUGGAUGAUCCUGCAGAAGAACGUUAGGGAUGCCACGCGCCGCUGCUCCCAGGGCCUGCUGGAGCGACUGAGGUCAGUCGUCGCGGCGAUGGAGAGAUGCCUAGGUCUCAGUCUGUGGCCUCGCAUGGAGAACGAGGGAGAGGAUGAGGAGAUGGUCGAGAUCAAUGGAGAGGCAGGAGCCAAGAAGGUUCAGGAGGAGGAAGAGGAGAGGGAGGAAGGUGAGGACUCCUCUGAUGACUACUCUAGUUUAGGAGGCAUGGAUCUCAGGGAUCGAGCCAGACAGAGUCAGGAGGAGGUGGAGUGGGACAGCGAGAAGAAGACGGAAAGGAAGAUGGAAGGAGCAGAAGAGGAGCUGACAUCGGUCACCCUGGGGGAGGGAAGCAGGAAGGGAGUAGAGGAUAAUGAUCUGACUGUACUCUGAAGUAACCCAUAAUGAGAUGACAAAACGUUCGAUUCUAAAUAUUUAGCAUUUGUGUUUUGGAAAAGGUGAAAUUUCAUCAUUGUUUUGCUUUUUCAGUGGAAAUGUAUGUGAUUUUCACCUUGAUGUAGAUUUUUAACAAAUUUCUUUCAGUUAAUAAAGUGACAUUUACAUUCACUUUUAAAA